UUAGACUUUUACUCUCCGGUCCAUUCUCAAUAUGUUUCAGCGUGAUCCUCGCGCAGGCGCGUUCCUCGGUGGCGACAGAAUAUCGGGGCAGGACGUUCGCGAUCAGAAUGUACUCGCUGCACAAACGAUCGCGAAUGUUGUCAAAAGUUCUUUGGGGCCAAUGGGCCUAGACAAAAUGCUAGUCGACAACAUCGGAGAAGUCACGAUCUCCAACGACGGCGCUACCAUUCUCUCUCUCCUUGCAGUCGAACAUCCAGCAGGGCGUGUAUUUGUGGACCUUGCACAAAAACAGGACAAGGAGGUUGGCGAUGGCACCACCUCCGUCGUCCUCAUCGCCGCGGAGCUCCUCCGCCGCGCAAAUGAGCUCGUGAAGCAGAAAAUCCACCCUACGACGAUCAUUACGGGGUACAGGUUGGCGUGCAGGGAGGCAUGCAAAUUCAUGCAAGAUCAAUUAAGCGUGAAGGUGGACGCGUUGGGCAGGGAGGCACUCAUUAACGCGGCCAAGACGAGUAUGUCGAGCAAGAUCAUCGGAGGAGACGACGAUCUUUUCGCGCCUAUGGCCGUCGAUGCUAUGUUGGCAGUGAGGACCAUUAACACCCGGGGAGACAUCAAGUACCCCGUCAAGGCGGUCAAUGUGCUGAAGGCACACGGCCGCAGUGCGCGGGAAUCCAUCUUUGUGAAAGGGUAUGCGCUGAAUUGCACGGUGGCUAGCCAAGCUAUGAAGACUCGCAUUACCAACGCAAAAAUUGCGUGCUUGGAUAUCAACUUGCAGAAGGCCCGAAUGCAGCUUGGCAUACAGAUUCUCGUAGACGACCCAGACCAGCUGGAGGAUAUUCGCAAACGGGAAGCCGAGAUCACAUUGGAGCGGAUCCGCAAAAUCCUGGCCGCGGGUGCAAAUGUCGUGCUUACUACCAAGGGCAUUGACGAUCUCUGCCUGAAGGAGUUCGUUGAGGCCGGUGCUAUGGCCGUUCGACGGUGCAGAAAGGAAGAUCUCCGGCGCAUAGCGAAGGCGACUGGCGGUACUCUUGUUUCCAGCCUUGCUAAUCUUGAGGGAGAAGAGUCUUUCGAGCCCAGCUAUCUCGGCACCGCCGAUGAAGUCGUACAGGAGCGAAUCUCGGACGACGAGUUGAUCUUGGUCAAGGGCACGAAGGUCGUCAGCUCGUCAUCGAUCAUUUUGCGAGGCGCGAACGACUACAUGCUGGACGAAAUGGAGAGGGCUCUCCACGAUACGCUAUCCAUUAUUAAGCGGACCCUCGAGAGCGGCGCAGUCGUCCCCGGUGGUGGAGCCGUUGAGACGGCACUUUCCAUUUAUUUGGAGAAUUUCGCGACGACACUGGGCUCAAGAGAACAAUUGGCAAUUGCGGAGUUUGCAAGCGCUCUCCUUGUGAUUCCCAAGACGCUCGCAGUCAAUGCGGCGAAGGACUCGACCGAGCUGGUCGCGAAGCUGCGCGCGUAUCAUAACGCCGCACAGAAUGCACCCGCAGGGGAUCCCAAGAAGGCCCUCCUGCGCUUUGGACUCGACUUGCUCAAUGGCGAAGUACGGGACAAUGUCACAGCCGGGAUCCUGGAGCCCACAGUGAGCAAAGUCCGCAGCCUGAAAUCGGCGUUCGAGGCGGCUGUGUCCCUUUUGCGGAUAGAUGAUGCGAUACAGUGUGUGCCAGAACAAAAGGGUGAAGACCCUCAUGGCCAUUGAUAAUUGUGUGUAUCCGUGAUGACUGCAGGGGGUGGAGCAAUGGUAGUGAUACUUAGCGUCUGCUACAGAUAAUGUACAACACUUGCGAAUGUCUCUAAUGAGAUACUGCUCUUCGAACUC